CUACCUAUCAACUUAUAACCUCCGCCCCCAAUUUUUCACGGCGACAUGGAAUUCCUUUAAAUUGCAGAAGUUUUGAACAUUUUGUCCACUUCCGUCCACAGUCUGCUUGCUGAAAUGUGCUGAACAGCAAUAAAAUAGGAGUACCUAGUUGAUUUUGGCUACUUGGACUCGCAGAUUUUGAACAGAAAGGUAGUCAUGGAUUCAAAUGUAGUGACCGAAGCUGUUGCUGACUUCCAGCAGUUUGUUGGACUUGAAUCAACAGGCUUGAUGGACGAAGCAACACAUGAGAUGAUGACGAAGCCUCGGUGUGGAAUGAAGGACAGACAUGACUUUGAUGAAGAGUACAGCCGGAGCAAGAGGUAUACAACACUGGAUGGAGUCUGGGGAAAUUAUAACUUGACAUAUAUGAUACAAAUGUAUCCAGACCUGCCCACGUCAGCUGUGGAUGAGGAGGUGGAACGUGCUGCAGCUGUCUGGGCUGCUGUUACCAAAUUUAGGUUCCGACCAGCUACAAACAAUGAACUUGCAGACAUCAGGAUUACAUUUGCUAGCAGAGACCAUGGUGAUGGGAUGCCUUUUGAUGGAAGGGGAAUGGUUGUGGCGCAUGCUUUUCCUCCGCCUUCUGGAAAAUUGCAUUUUGAUAUUGCUGAAGAGUGGACCAUUAGAUGUUAUGAAGGUCAGAACUUGUUUCACACAGCUGUACAUGAGUUCGGGCAUAUUCUGGGAUUGGGCCACUCCGACAUUUUGGCUUCUGUCAUGUUUCCGUAUGCAAAGGGCUACAACCCCAACUUCACAUUGCAUGAAGAUGACAUCAAAGGAAUACAGGUUCUGUAUGGUGUAAAAGAGUAUUCGUGUUCAGAUGCCCCAAAUGAUCAUGUUGGUGCCGUGUGUCAGAAAGGCAUGGGGAAGAAAACAAAUGAUCAGUGUAUAAGGAGCAAUGCAGACUCUGCUCCACUUCCAACACUGCUGAUUAGCUUUAUUAUUCUGGUUUCUCUGGCUGUGAGAGGAGUUUGAAUUGUUGACUUAUUUUCAUCAGUGAGAUUAGCCGUUUCCAGACAAGCUGUUGUAUUUAUGAUAUUGAACACAAUGAAAUCUAUAAAGUGGACACUUGUCUGAUUCGAUGGCAUGUCUACAAUUUGUGUUGGGCGGUGAUACACAGUUUUGUUUGAAUCUUGGCCGCACGGUUGGUAAACAUCAUGUAGUUAAACAUCUUCUGUAACUAUGUUUUAUGGGAAUGGUUAUGGUAUUCUCUCUGUUCCCCAAAUGCAGACCCUGCUCCAGGACCAACUCCAGAGUCUGUUUCCCUUCCUCACAACCGUCCUUCCCUCUCGUCUCACUGACGUCACAGCAUUUCACCACGUCUCAUGCCAAUUGUCCAUACCUUGUUUCUAGUCUUCUAAAAAGGCCAUCUUUUCCAGGUUUUUUUUCUCCUGUUUCAAAUUUCCAUUUGACUAUGCCAUAAAGGCCACUAUUGUUGAGGUGCAAACAUGGUUCCUUUUCCCCUCCUCCUCCUGUAACUUGAGUGGCCAAUGUCCAUGACCUGAUCCAUCUCCUAUUUCUGUAUAAACCAGCUUCUUCCCCAACAUUCCUCACUCCAACCCUGAUUAUUGAGUCAGUAUGGUCCUCUGAAACGUCAGCAGCUCGACUGACUCGCUCAUGGUGCCAGAACCCUGGAGCAGAAUCAACAUCAGUGGUUAUUAAAAUCAUUGCAAUUAAAGAAAUAUUUUACAUUUAGUCUUCUCAUCAGUCCAUCUACCUGAUGACCUCAUAAUUCUCUGUUACUCAGUUUAUAAAUUAAAUUAAAUGGAAUAUCAGAUUGCUUGUCAGGUGAGUCUUUGGCUUCUUCACUUAUUGCCAGUAGCAUGUACUAAGCAUUGAAAUGUAUUAUUUGGUGCUGAUCUUAAUAUUCUUAAGGACAGAAAUUGUAAAUGAGUUGUCAGUAUCAGUGAAGUUCACUCAUUGUCAGUGUUUUACUUCUGAUGAUCUUUAAGUUCUCUUAUUUCUUUAAUUUUGUUAUCAUUACAUUUUAUCUUUUCCAUGCCCAUGUCAUCCAAAUUAUUUUCAUAACCACACUUUUAUUCUAAAUUGAUAUUAAAGCUAAAAUGUUCACACAUUUUGGGAAUUUCUUCUCUAAUUUGCUUUCACUCAGUUCCAUUGUACUGCAUAUAAUACUGUAAUUCAUUGGUAAUCCUCCUUCAUGUACUUCCUUUACCCCUUGUGUCUUACAUUACAUUGAAGAACAUAAGAGAUAAGACACUGACACUUCCCUGUCUAACCCCUCUGUAUGUAUUGACACUUUCAGAUUUUGUUGUGAUCUGUUACCAAACUGUUCUCACGUUUUUCAUAAAUUCUCUUUACUCUGCCUGUUAGUCCUUGUAAACUGUCGCCCUGUGAAACCCUCUAAAUCCAUUGUCUGUUGCAAUAAAUUACCAAACAUUGUCUCUGGCAGGGUCCAGUCUCUUUUGUAUUAUCUGUCUUGUGUAAAUUCAGUCUGUUUUCUCUCAAACCA